GCGGUCGCUCUCUGCGUUUUCUGUCCCUGCACGACGGGUGGGAAAGUCACCAGUUCUUAGUAGAACCUCUUUCAAUCCUGUGACAGUUGGUAAAGCUGUGUUUGUGUUCUGCCGUGGUCAGAAUGUCGUAUACCAGAUUCAGGAGUGUGAUUUUUAGCUAAGGAGAUUGCCCAUGAACCUGUGGCUUUUUCAUCAGUUUGAAAUGGAAAGAACGUUUUACUCCCAACUACCAGGUUUUCUUGGGAGGUAGUGUGACAUACGAAGGAAACCGUCUCUUACUUGAAGCACUUAUCAUAUCGUCAGUCGUAUUUUUUAAAAUAUUCUUGAAACUUUCACUGCAGCAACUUUCUGAAUAGUGCCAGCCAUACUGGAAGUGACAGCUAGUUAGAGUGGAGCUCUUUUUUCACUGAAGAGCUUUGCCUGUUUGAUUGUGUCCCAUGUUAAGACAGCUAGUUCAAGUGAAGUAAGGUGCAAGUAAAACUUUGCCUGUUGUGUCAACAGAAUCUGUGGAGAUUGAUGAUUCAUUGUAUAGUCGACAGAGGUACGUCCUUGGAGACACAGCAAUGCAGAAGAUGGCCAAGGCCCGUGUUUUUUUAAGUGGUGUGGGUGGUCUUGGUGUGGAAAUUGCAAAGAAUCUUGUCCUUGCAGGGAUUAAGGCACUUACAAUCCAUGAUACAGAAAAAUGCCACACAUGGGACCUAGGGACCAACUUUUUCCUUUGUGAAAAUGAUGUUGUGAACAUGAGAAACAGGGCUGAAGCUGUACUUCACCGUAUUGCAGAACUAAAUCCAUAUGUUCAUGUUACGUCAUCUUCUGUUCCUUUUAAUGAAACUACAGAUUUCUCCUUCUUAAGUAAAUAUCAGUGUGUGGUUUUGACUGAGAUGAAACUUCCACUGCAAAAGAAGAUCAACAACUUUUGCCGUUCUCAUUGCCCUCCAAUUAAGUUCAUUAGUGCAGAUGUACAUGGAGUUUGGUCACGAUUAUUUUGUGAUUUUGGUGAUGCAUUUGAAGUUUCAGACACAACAGGAGAAGAACCAAAGGAAAUAUUCAUUUCAAACAUAACGCAAGCUAAUCCUGGCAUUGUAACUUGCCUUGAAAAUCAUCCUCACAAACUUGAGACAGGACAGUUCCUAACAUUUCGAGAAAUUAAUGGAAUGACAGGUCUGAAUGGGUCUAUACAACAAAUAACUGUGGGAUCACCAUUUUCUUUUAGCAUUGGUGAUACUACAGAGUUGGAACCAUACUUACAUGGAGGAAUAGCUGUACAGGUUAAGACUCCUAAAACAUUUUGCUUUGAGCCACUGGAGAAGCAGAUAAAACGUCCAAAGUGCCUUAUUGCGGAUUUUAGCAAACCUGAGGUACCUUUGCAGAUUCACACAGCUAUGCUUGCAUUGGACCAAUUUCAGGAGAACUACAGUCGCAAGCCAAAUAUUGGAUACCAAGAAGAUACAGAAGAGCUAUUGAAACUAGCAGCAUCCAUAAGUGAAACAUUGGAUGCCAAGCCUGAAGUGGAUACUGACAUUGUGCGUUGGCUUGCCUGGACUGCCCGAGGCUUUUUAUCUCCACUUGCUGCAGCAGUAGGAGGAGUUGCCAGUCAAGAAGUACUGAAAGCUGUGACUGGAAAAUUUUCCCCUUUAUGCCAGUGGUUAUAUCUUGAAGCAGCAGACAUUGUCGAAUCCCUAGGCAAACCUGAAUGUGAAGAAUUUCUCCCACGAGGUGAUAGGUAUGAUGCUUUACGAGCCUGCAUUGGAGAUACUUUGUGUAAAAAGCUACAAAAUUUGAAUAUCUUUUUGGUAGGAUGUGGCGCCAUAGGCUGUGAAAUGUUAAAAAAUUUUGCCUUGCUUGGAGUUGGUACAAGCAAAGAGAAUGGAAUGGUUACAGUUACAGAUCCUGACUUGAUAGAAAAAUCAAACUUAAAUAGGCAAUUCCUGUUUCGUCCUCAUCACAUACAGAAACCUAAAAGCUAUACUGCUGCUGACGCAACUCUGAAAAUAAAUCCUCAAUUAAAGAUAGAUGCACAUCUGAACAAAGUAUGUCCAGCCACUGAGGCCAUUUACAAUGAUGAGUUUUAUACUAAACAAGAUAUAAUUAUUACAGCGUUAGAUAAUGUGGAAGCCAGGAGAUAUGUUGACAGCCGCUGCUUAGCAAAUCUUCGGCCUCUCUUAGACUCUGGAACAAUGGGCACCAAGGGGCACACUGAAGUUAUUGUACCUCACUUAACUGAAUCUUAUAAUAGUCAUCGGGAUCCACCAGAACAGGAAAUACCAUUUUGUACUCUAAAAUCCUUUCCAGCUGCUAUUGAGCAUACUAUACAGUGGGCAAGAGACAAGUUUGAAAGUUCCUUUUCCCACAAGCCUUCAUUGUUUAACAAGUUUUGGCAGACUUACCCAUCUGCAGAAGAAGUCUUACAGAAGAUACAAAAUGGACAGAGUGUAGAAGGCUGUUUUCAAGUUAUUAAGUUACUUAGCAGAAGACCUAGAAAUUGGCCCCAGUGUGUAGAAUUAGCAAGAUUAAAAUUUGAAAAAUAUUUUAACCAUAAGGCGCUUCAACUACUUCAUUGUUUUCCUCUGGACACACGAUUAAAAGAUGGCAGUUUGUUUUGGCAAUCACCAAAGAGGCCACCAUCUCCGUUAAAAUUUGAUUUAAAUGAACCUUUGCACCUCAGUUUCCUUCAGAGUGCUGCAAAACUCUAUGCUACAGUAUACUGCAUUCCAUUUGUAGAAAAGGACUUAACAGUAGAUGCCCUCGUGAAUAUUCUUUCAGAAGUAAAGAUUCAGGAAUUCAAGCCAUCCAGUAAGGUUGUUCAAACAGAUGAAACUGCACGGAAACCGGAUAAUGUUUCUAUUAGCAGUGAAGAUGAGAGGAAUGCUGCUUUCCAACUAGAGAAGGCCAUUUCAUCUAAUGAAGCCAGCAGAAGUGACCUUCAGAUGGCAGUGCUUUCAUUUGAGAAAGAUGAUGACAGUAAUGGACACAUAGAUUUCAUCACAGCUGCGUCCAAUCUCCGUGCCAGAAUGUAUAAUAUUGAACCAGCUGACCGUUUCAAAACAAAGCGCAUAGCUGGUAAAAUUAUACCUGCCAUAGCAACAUCCACUGCUACAGUUUCUGGCUUGGUCGCCCUAGAGAUGAUCAAAAUAGUUGGUGGCUUUCCAUUUGAAGCUUAUAAAAACUGUUUCCUUAACUUAGCCAUUCCAAUUAUAGUGUUUACAGAAACAUCAGAAGUAAGAAAAACUGAAAUCAGAAAUGGAAUAUCAUUUACAAUUUGGGACAGAUGGACUGUACAUGGAAAAGAAGAUUUUACCCUCUUGGAUUUCAUAAAUGCAGUCAAGGAAAAGUAUGGAAUUGAGCCAACAAUGGUAGUUCAGGGAGUCAAAAUGCUAUAUGUUCCUGUAAUGCCUGGUCAUGCAAAAAGAUUGAAGUUAACGAUGCACAAACUUGUGAAACCUUCUACUGAAAAGAAAUAUGUAGAUCUUACUGUGUCAUUUGCCCCAGACACCAAUGGAGAUGAAGAUUUACCAGGACCUCCUGUGAGAUACUUCUUCAGUCAUGACACCAAAUAGAGGAUUUUUUUUCUCACAUCAUCAGUGUUGUAAGCCAUGAGAAAAUCAGAUGAUACAUGUCAACUUGAACUGUUAACAGUAUUAUAUGGACUCGGACAACCCUCUUAGAAAAUCCAAGACUGUGAACAGAUAAUGUGGCUACUCAUUUGAACUUCAAAAAUAUCCUCUGUUGUGGGUAUUUUAUUUAUUUGGAACUCUAAAGCAAUUGUGAAUCGAAUAUAAAACUAAAACAUUUGUGAAGGGAGUAUACUCCAAAAUACAUGAAAACUAAAAAUUAAAAAUAACAUCACUA